CCUCGCUGCAGCACCUCUGUGUGUUCAGCGACAACCUUCUGGCCGUGUCCGCUGCUGUCAACUCCACCGUGCUCUCUUCCAGUGACCCCUCACGGCUGGUUUUCCACGUCAUCACCGACGCCACCUCCUUCCCCGCCUUCGUGGUGUGGUUCUCCCGCCACCCUCCAGGUUUGGCCUCGCUGGAGGUGCGGCGGGUGGAGGGCGAGAGCGGGUGGCUCAAUGCGUCCUAUGCGCCCGCGGCAGAUGCAGGAGGCCGGCGCCAAGAGCUUCUACUUCUCUGCUGCUGCUGCCGUGGAGGGCCGGGAACCCAUCAAGUUCCACAACCCCAAGUACAUGGCGCUGCUCAACCACCUGCGGUUCUACCUCCCCCAGCUCUUCCCUUCCCUGCACCGCAUCCUCUUCCUCGACGACGAUGUCAUUGUGCAGAAGGACCUCUGUGCCCUCUUCUCUCUGGACAUGAACGGGGCCGUGAACGGUGCAGUGGAGACGUGCAAGGGGUCGUUCCACCGCUUCCACCGCUACCUCAACUUCACCGACACGCGGCUGAGAGGGCGCUUCGACCCCGAGGGGUGUGCGUGGGCGUAUGGCAUGAACCUGUUUGACCUGGAUGGCUGGAGAGGGGCCAAUGUGACGGGCACAUACCACUACUGGCAAGAGCAGAAUGUUGAUAAUUCAUUAUGGAAGCUGGGGACAUUACCGCCGGGCUUACUGGCAUUCAAUGGGCUUACACAUGCCAUCGAUCCGUCAUGGCACGUCCUGGGGCUCGGUUACAACCCACAUCUGGACAUGAAUGCCAUCUCUAAGGCCGCGGCCAUACACUGGAAUGGUAACCAGGAGCCAUGGCUGAAGAUUGCUUUACCGAAUUAUCGUAGCCUUUGGACGAAGUAUGUAAGCUUUGACGAUCCGUGGCUUUCAGAAUGUGGUGUAACAUGAUAUAACACCUCUAACCAGUUUGAACCGUGUAUGCCUCUCUCCAUAGUGCCUGA